AGGAGGAGGAGGAGGAGGAGAGGCUGGAGUAAAGCGCGCGAGCCCCGUCCCCCCCUGUCUGGAGGGUUGGCAGGCGCGCCAGACGGAGGAGAGCCUGAAAUCCUGCCAGGCCGCCGGCAGGCAACCCAGGAGGAGAGGGAAGCCGCCGCCGCCGCCCCCCGUGCCCAGCUGGAAAGGUCUUAUGCCACCAUGCAGCAUUAUGGAGUGAACGGUUAUUCUCUUCAUGCUAUGAAUUCGCUGAGCGCCAUGUACAACCUGCACCAACAGGCAGCACAGCAAGCUCAGCAUGCUCCAGACUACAGGCCAUCCGUGCAUGCCCUCACUCUGGCAGAGAGAUUGGCUGACAUCAUCUUGGAGGCCCGUUAUGGCUCCCAGCACCGCAAACAGAGAAGAAGCCGGACAGCUUUCACAGCCCAACAACUGGAAGCCUUAGAGAAAACUUUCCAGAAGACUCACUAUCCAGAUGUGGUGAUGAGGGAGAGACUGGCAAUGUGUACUAAUUUGCCAGAAGCCAGAGUACAGGUUUGGUUUAAAAACCGAAGAGCUAAGUUUCGAAAGAAGCAGCGCAGCCUGCAAAAGGAGCAGCUCCAGAAACAGAAGGACUCCGAAGCUAACCACAGCGAGGGCAAACCCGAUACCCCCGUCUUGGAAGCACAGACUCCAACUCCAGAGGCAGAGAAAUCUUUGCACUUGCCGAGCGAGGUAAAUACAGAGCUCAGUCUGACUAUGUCUGAGCAGUCAGCAAGUGAAUCUGCUGCUGAGGACCAGACAGACAGAGAAGAGGAAUUCAAGAUCUCCCUGGAAGAGAGCAAAGCAGAGAAGAGCCCUGGAGCUGAAAACAAGCCUUUGAACAGCAAGAGGGCGAGUCCAAAAGCAGAUUCCCCCAUCAAUGCUACGGCCACACCAUCUUCCAGCAGCAGUCUGUCUCAGACUCACUCCUACUCAUCCUCACCCCUCAGCCUCUUCCGCCUGCAAGAGCAGUUCCGCCAGCACAUGGCCGCCACCAAUAACUUGGUCCAUUACUCAUCUUUUGAAAUGGGGACACCUUCUGCCAUGCCGUAUUUGGGCAUGAAUGUCAACAUGGCCCCCCUGAGUUCGCUGCACUGCCAGUCCUAUUACCAGUCCCUUUCCCAUGCCCAGCAGGUGUGGUCCUCUCCUAUCCUGCAAGCAUCCUCUUCUCUCCCGAGCCUGAACAGUAAAACAACCAGUAUCGAGAACCUACGGCUGCGAGCAAAGCAACACGCCGCCUCUCUGGGGUUGGACACAUUACCAAACUGAACACCAGGCUGGAAAGAAAAGGCAGGGGGAACGCCCAACACCAUUCAAAGAGCCCGAACAACAGAUGACUUAAAGGAACCGCCACACAUCUUUGCCACAGCUUGGGUUGGUCUUUGACAUGCACUCGGUUUUAUUGUGGUUCUGGUUUCCACGUCAGGCAUUGCUCUGGCCUGCUUUUGCUGGCCCAUUAAAAUAAAUAAAUAAAUAAUGAAUAAAACCCUGGAGAAGGGGAAGAUGUUUUAAAUGUGAAUUUGUCUUCAGAACUGUGAGUCAAAUAUGUAAUAUUGGAAAGAUUCUUUAGAUAAUACUAUGAUAAAUGUCUUGAUGGCUUUGUUUCUCUGAGGGAGUGGGGAAUCCCUGCUUCAUACUGUAUAUAGUUUAUAUGAUCUUGGAAAUGUUCCCUCGCCUGUGUGUUAAUGUCAGUGUUGCCUUAUGCAGAACUGUGAAGCACCUCCUUUCCCUUUUCUUUUGCCAUUAUAGAAUCAGUAGAACCAAC